AUGUGCAACGAACUUCGUCCGGUGACAGUUCCAAUGGUGUCGACGAAUUCGUCGCCACCGAUUCCAAUGCCAGUUCAAGUGCCACCUGGUCAUCUCGUUCAACAAAUAGUAGAUGAAAGUGGGGCUCUGCGUCACGUUAUAUUAUCUCCCAGUCCUCAUCCAAUGGUACCUUUGCCUCCGCACUACGUUAGUGCAGCAUCCGGAUCGAAUCAACCUCCUCAGCCAUUUUUUGCCACUCAGAUGCCAACUUAUCCUCAACCUCAUUUUGCUCCGCUUCAAGCUAGCGUAUUAAGCAACGCUCCGGGACAUUCUUCUCCUCCUGCUCCCACUCAUUUUCAUAAAGAUGAAAGAACUAUAAGGCAAUAUAAUAAACUUAAAAAAAAGCUUGAACAAAAACAACAAAGGGUCGAUCAAAGCUUACCGAGUCCUCCAUUUUCACCUAAAAAAGGGUCUGGAAAAGAUAAGGGCAGAAAUUCUGUUGGAACGUCCGAAGAUGGAGAAGAAAAUUCUAGCGUUCAAGACGAUGACGUUGAAUCAUCUGUUAUCAUCGAUAUGCUAUCUUCGGUAUCUUCGCCGCAAGUCAUUGAAUUGUUGCCCAGAAGCGCCCUGUUAUCAUGGUCGGCUCUUUCAGAGAAUGAAAAAAACAGCGAAUUGGAUAUUUCGGAAUCUGAAUUAGGAUAUGAAGUGCUCUUAGCUGACAUUGCCAAAGGUGGAAAAUAUAGAUCUAUUUACAAUGGAUGUUCUUUAUCAUGUCGAAUUGAAGAUCUUAGACCAGGCUCAGAGUACUCUGUAUGUCUCAAAGUUCAUUUAGAUGAUCUUCAAGGUUCUGCAUCGGAGCCAAAAGUCUUUACAACUCCUCCUUGUGCUCCGGAUCCACCAUCACCACCCAAAUGUAUUUCUCGCACGCGUAACAGCAUGCAAUUGAGGUGGAGCGCACCUCCGGAUAAUGGAUCGCACAUUACACAGUACAUACUAGAAUCUGAUGAAGGAAAGGGAAACGGUUUUGUAGACAUUUACAAAGGCAAAAGCAAACAACACAACAUUUUAAGAUUACAACCAGCUACGUGCUACAAAUUUCGAUUGUCAGCGACAAAUGAGUGCGGCCGAAGCCUUCCUUCUGAUAUUGUUAUGUAUUCCACCUGCGGCAUACCUCCUACUCAACCUUCUCCACCAAUAUUAAAAGAAGCAUGCAUCAAUAGUUUAAAAUUGGCUUGGAUCAAGAAUCCUUCUGAUGAUGAAUUCACCCUACAAAUGGAUGAUCAACGAUCUGGCCACGGGUUUUUAUCUGUUUACAAUGGAAGGGAAACGUGUUACAAUGUUGAUAAAUUAAUCCGUUAUUCGGAGUAUAAAUUCAGGGCAACUCAAAACGAAGAAGGGUUGUCACGAUGGUCGGAUGAAGUAAUUUAUACAACUUUACCCUCACGCCCUGGUCCGCCUUGUAGGUUAUCGGUAAAAGGAAAAAUUCACGCUCAUUGUUUUAAAGUAAAAUGGGAUCCUCCUGUCGACAAAGGAGGUUCGGAAAUUACAGGAUACUUUGUCGAAAUGGCAACAAAAAAUGGUUACGAAAAAAUAUUUGAAGGAAUUGAAACUGAAUGUAUGGUAGAUCGAUUAAAACCUGGUCAUACAUACCAGGUGAGAGUGUAUUGCAGUGGGCCUGGUGGAAAAAGUGAUCCCUCUGAUUUCCUAUCUGUUACAACAGAAUGUGUUUGUCCUGGUCCAUGUGGUCCACCGAGACUAUAUGGUAAAUCUAGGCCUCACAGUCUCACUCUUAAAUUUAAUUAUCCAGACUAUAAUGGAGGAUCGCCAGUAACCGAGCUAGAAGUUGAAAUGACGGCUCCAGAUGCAAACAAAAGACUUGUAUAUCGGGGUGUUGAAACCGAAUGCGUAGUAAAUGAUCUAUCACCUGGACAGCCUUACCUUUUUCACGUUAGAGCAAUUAAUAAAGCUGGGGUCGGGCCUUGGUCUGAAGGAGUAGAAAUACUGAGCGGCGCUGCCGCUCCGGAUGCUCCCGCUCAGCCUCAGGUUUAUUGCAAAUCUCCGCACUUGGCUUCAGUCAGUUGGAUGCCACCUUCCCAUAAUGGUGCUCCCAUCAUUGACUACAACGUAGAAAUGAGUAUUUUUCAAAAAAAUGAAUUCAUUUCUGUUUACCACGGAUUAAACACGAGCUGUGAAGUUAAACCUCUUCUUCCUAACACAAGUUAUUUAUUCCGCGUGCAAGCCGUUAAUAAUGCUGGCCCUAGUGAAUAUUCUCCGGUAUGCCAAACUGUUACUCCUCCGUCUGCUCCUGCCGUAGUUGGAGCUCUUCGAUAUCACGCAACAUCAAAUUCUUUAGCACUUUCUUGGGUCGCUCCAUCGGAUCACGGAUCCGAAAUAACUCAUUAUAAUAUUGAUACGGGCGAUAAAAUAGUAAGAUCUACGUUAAACGAGCACACGCUAUAUUCUUUGCGACCGGAUACAACGUACAGAAUAAAAAUUCAAGCAGUAAACAGUGUCGGAGCCGGACCGUUUUCACAAGUUCUUAGAGCGAAUACUUCUCCGUUACCCCCGCCGCCUCCUUCUCUAGAAUGUGUUAAUGCCGGUCAUAAUUUUAUUAAAUUAAAAUGGACUGAUUUAAAAAGUAUGGAAAACGUCACAUACAAGCUAGAAAUGGAAAAUCCUCGAUCUUCUGAGUUUAUAGUCAUUUACCAGGGUGCAAGUCGUUCACACAAAUUAACACGUUUACAAGAACUCACAAAAUACAGUUUUAGAAUAUCCGCCGCAAACAAUGCCGGUCAAGGAGAUAGUUCAGAAAUUGUUUGUUUUACAACAACAAUGGCUCCACCGCCUUGCGUGAAAAACCUUAAAAUUACGGAUAUCACUCAAAAAAGUUGUUCCAUUGACUGGCAACCUUGCAGAUUACACUCUAACGAUCCCGUCCGCUAUCAAGUUCAGAUUUCCAGAGUUAGAAAUCAAGAUUAUAAACAGGUAUACAAAGGUUCAGAAUGUAGAAUUUCUCUUAACGAUUUAGAACCUGGUGCUGACUACAGCGUUAGAGUUUGUCCCGUUCGCAUUUCUAGCGAUAACGAAUUAUCGGGUGCCUACUGUGCCCCUUCGACGUUUUCAACUCUUCCAGCUACCCCUCAAAUUUCUACCGUUGUUAAAACUGCAGCAACGCAGCCUCCAGAAAAUCGUCAAUUUGCCGAUCAGCAAUGGGCUAUAAUUAUAUUGAGUAUAUUUUCGCUUUUUGCCGUGCUUGUAGCCGUUUUAAUGCAAAGGAUGAUAGAUUGGGGAGCUCACAAUUAA